AUGCCAACAAAAAGAGAAUCUGACGACAUUGCCCAGCUUGUCAUCGACAAGCUCGAGAAAAGUAGUCAACUAAAAAAGUUUGUAAAAGAUGCGGUUACAGAGGCAAUGUCUGCAAUCAUCACCCGGCUAGAGAUGCAGGAGGGCCGGAUCAUGGAUCUUGAGGGGAGGAUAAAGGCCCAGGAGUCAGAGAUUCAACUACAUAAGGAGGCAGAAAAGAAAUCCGUGGAAAAAAUGGCAGUCUUGGAGCAAAGAAUUGAUGACCUGGAGCAAAAAUCCAGGUCACGCAACAUCAGGAUCCAAGGAGUUCCAGAGGUGAAAGAUGAGGAUCCAGAGGAGGCUGUCCUUGACGUUGGCAGGAGGAUGGGGGUCAACUUGAGUUCAUCCGACUUUGUCCGAUGUCAUCGACUGGGUCCUCCAGUAGACAAAGGAGCAAGGAGAAGUUCUCCUCGUCAACUGCUAGUGGAGUUUUCCAGCCUCCGCACCCGAGCUCACGUUUAUGGUACCGGAACAUGCGCCGAUAUUCCCCAGGAUGUCUGUCCUUAUGGAGUUUCUGAUUAUACCGGUGAAUGGGUGAAAUAUGUUCCCAAGUACCUAACACGUGAUCAUCCCGAGUACGACGUCAGAACACCACCGGAAGCACGUGACAAGGUUAACUUGUACUGCGCCCAUCCAGCUUGUUACUCCAAUCCGUGUCUUCAUGGAGGAAGCUGCGUGGAAGAACUUGACGGGUUCAGUUGCUCCUGUCCUGGGAUCUAUUCCGGAAUUCAGUGUGAACAACAUGCAUGUGACUCCAAUCCUUGUCUUCAUGGAGGGACCUGUGUGGAGGAGCUUGGUGGGUAUAAUUGUUCCUGUCAUGGAGGCUAUGUGGGAAUUCACUGUGAGAAGCCUGUUUGUCCAGACGAAUGGGUGUAUGGAGGAACGAAGUGUUUUCUGGAAGUGGCUGGCCGAGAAUCCAACUGGACUAGUGCGCGUGACUAUUGUAACGAUCUGGACGAGGUUGUACUCGGAAACGGAAACAGAGUUGGACCAUCUCUACUCCUCAUAGAGAGCGAGGAAGAGUAUGAUCUUCUCAAACUCGGCAUAUCCGACCAUUGGUUCCACUGGUUGAACUGCCAGGUUGUUGACAGAAAUAUUACUUGCUUCACAGACAGAGCGGGAAAUACAAGUGACUACCGACAUUGGUCUAAUGAUCCAAGCUCAUACGAGAGUACCGACUGCGUGGGUGUGAACAUUUGGAGUGGCUAUUGGAUUACAUAUAGCUGUUCGUAUACGUACUUUUUAACCGCUUGUCAAGUGAAUGUAUUUGCCUAAAUAAAUACACCGACAUAAAAUGCACUAAAUACCCUUCUUUAGCAUGUUUAGUAGAAGAGAGUGAAAAAAUAUACAAGAGUUUCUUUGGCACAAGUUUUCGCUAAUUUUUGAGAUUACACAACGUGCACAUCUCAAGCUUCAGUGAACCCUAAUCUCCACACAUUGUAUUUUCCCAUAUGUUUGAAGUUAUUACUAUGUUUCUUCUGCAUUCAAUUAAAUCAUUAAUUUGUGGGUAUUCUUGAUCAAUUUUGACACGAUCAUUUUUUAAGCUUGGAAUGUUUCUUUUUCAAACUAAAGAAUUACUUCUGAGUUCUCAAGGUAUUUUAUAUUCCCAUAUCAUAACUGUUUAAAUCAGAACAAUAUUUUACCAAUUUGAUUAAAAUAGUGACAUUGUUGCGAUUAAGGAAAUUCAAAUUUUCUUGUAAUGCUUUAAUGUGGCACCUUGCAUGGCCAGGUUGCCCUUAUGUCAAUUAUGUUAUAUUAUCAAUAUCAAUUGAGUAUGUUAUCAUAUUUUCAUUACUAUAUAUCAUAGAUCUGUCUACCUUAAAGCACACACAAUCUGAGUCAGUCACUGCAGUAUGGUUCACGAUCAUACUGUGAUAAACUGGAAGACGUUUUCACACUCCUUGCGCAAUUAAAAACUCAAACUCAUAUUUUAGCUCGGACAUCGAGCUUUUAUCAUUUUUUUUCAUUUACAAAUUUAAGUGAUCUGUAAAAUGUCCGUUUUAUGGUCUACAUAUCAGCAUUUUAAGCUCGCGCUGCGUGGUCACAUUGAUCACAUUAGCUAAGUUCAUAUUGUCUCCGUGUAUUCCAUAAUGUUUUUUCAAUUAAACAAAUGUAUUCAGAAUGCCCAGAUUCUAAGGUCUAAAUCUAAAACA